AUGCUGGGCAGCGGCGUCAAGAGCGCGCAGCCCGAGGAGGAGCUGAGCGGCGGCGGGGACGAGGGCGCGGACGAGCCGCGGGGCGCCGGCAGGAAGGCGGCAGCGGCGGACGGCAAAGGCAUGCUGCCCAAGCGCGCCAAGGCGCCGGGUGGCGGCGGCAGCAUGGCCAAGGCCAGCGCGGCUGAGCUGAAGGUCUUCAAGUCCGGCAGCGUGGACAGCCGUGUCCCCGGCGGGCCGCCCGCCUCCAACCUGCGCAAGCAGAAGUCGCUCACCAACCUCUCGUUCCUCACAGACUCCGAGAAAAAGCUGCAGCUCUAUGAACCCGAGUGGAGCGACGACAUGGCCAAGGCGCCCAAGGGCUUGGGCAAGGUGGGGUCCAAGGGCCGUGAGGCUCCGCUGAUGUCCAAGACGCUGUCCAAGUCAGAGCACUCGCUUUUCCAGCCCAAGGGCGGCCCGGCCACCGGCGCCAAGACCCCCCUCGCUCCGCUCGCGCCCAGCCUGGGAAAGCCGAGCCGGAUCCCCCGAGGACCCUACGCGGAGGUCAAGCCGCUCAGCAAGGCGCCUGAGGCGGCCGUGAGCGACGACGGCAAAUCGGAUGAUGAGCUGCUCUCCAGCAAGGCCAAGGCGCAAAAGGGCUCCGCCGGGCCCGUGCCCUCCGCCAAGGGCCAGGAGGAGCGCGCCUUCCUCAAGGUGGACCCAGAGCUCGUGGUGACGGUGCUGGGCGACCUGGAGCAGCUGCUCUUCAGCCAGAUGCUGGUAUUCCUCGAGUGCCACUACCUGCCAGUGCCCUGCCUGUCAAGGCUCUCACUGUCUGGCGUGGGACGCAGAGCCCCGCACAGGCAGCUGCGGUUCAGUGUCAUGGCUGUGCUGGAGAGAGAUGCCCAGGAGCUGCAGGGAGGCUCUCGUGGCCGGGAUGAGGGUGACUAG